CCCCCCCCCAGGAUGGCAAGCAGUCCUAGAUAUGUUAAAUAUGUUGCAGUAUAUCUAGAUACAAUACAUAUUUGCAGAACCGAACAGUUCUCUUGUUGCACAGGGAGAAUUGGAUUCAGAAGGUAAAAAUAACUCGGGAAGAAAAUCAAAAAUGCAAAUAAUUCACAUUCAUUUCCCAGUGUUCCUUCUUUGGGUGUAGCUGUUUCUGUCCAUCAUUUCUCCAAUGAAACUCAGUUAAGUCUCUUUGUCAGAGAAAUCCACUUCCAUCAGAAUACAUCCUCACACAAUAUCAUUGUCGAAGUGUAUAAUGAUCUCCUGGUUCUGCUCAUCUCACUCAGCAUCAGUCCAUGUAGGUCUCUCCAAGCCUCUCUGUAUUCAUCCUGCUGGUCAUUCCUUACAGAGCAAUAAUAUUCCAUAACAUUCAUAUACCACAAUUUACCCAGCCAUUCUCCAAUUGAUGGGCAUCCUUUCAUUUUCCAGCUUCUAGCCACUACAAACAGGGCUGCUGCAAACAUUUUGGCACAUACAGGUCCCCUUCCCUUUUUUAGUAUCUCUUUGGGGUAUAAGCCCAAUAGAAACACUGCUGGAUCAAAGGGUAUGCACAGGGCCAAUUGUACUUUUCAAGGAAUUGUUCUGUUCGAUGAAUUUUCCCCCCAAUUUUGCUACUUCUAUUUUUUAAUUUUCUUUUUCCAUUCUGCCAAUUCUAUUUUUUAAGGAGUUUCUUUUUUCAGUAUUUUUUUUUCCAUUUCAUCAAGUUUAUUUUUUAAGUUGUUUUCUUCAAUUUCCAAGAUGUUGGCUUUCCCCAAAAAACUUUCAUAAUUCUCCUGCAUAGCUCUCAUUUCUUUUCCCAUUUUUCUUCUCUUUUAAAAUCCUUUUUGAGCUCUUCUAAGAGAGCCUUUUGAGCCUGAGACCAGUGUUAGAAACUUUCCUUCUGAGAAUUACCAUGUAUGUCAGCUGGUAGGGUGGCCCCAGGAGGUAAAAAAGGGGCUUGGCCUCUGAAACAGGAGGUUGUCUUUUACAGGUAUUUCCUUGAGAAGUCGAGGGGUGUUGUCCUGUUGCUAGAUCUCCACCUAGGAUGCAGCUCUAACUCUAGGUGUCUUCCUUCUGCGGACCCACCCACCCAGCACUGAGUGGGCUGGGCAUGAUGCAGUCCCAGAGGAGAGUGAAUAUAAAUGGCCAGCUUUGCCAUAGAAGAAAGAGAAGGAUGUGGAGAGAAGUAGAGUGAGGCAGAGAUGUAGAGAGAUUCAGAGAAGCAGAGACAAAGACACAGAGAUAUACAUACACUUGCUCUUCCUUCCUGCUAAUCCCUACUGACACUAUCAAUAAAGAAAGGCUAUUUGGCACUUUUACAUUAGUAUCAUCUUCAUGUCUUUCCGGGGAAGAUUAGUAUGUAUGACCCUGGCAAUCAGUAACCCCUUGGUGGGAGCUUACUAACCAGUUCACAUCUCCCUUUGAGACUUCACCUGUAGGCAUUUUGCCCUUGCUGUCCUCUUCUGGGUUUGUGUUCUGAACUUCCCUGUCACCAUAGUAGCUUUCUGUAGUCAAAGCUCUUUUUGCUUUUUAAUUCAUUUUUAAAAGUUGAGCUCUGCUCCUAAAGUACAGGGGAAAUUUUCCCAAGCUUCUCUCCCUCCUCCUCUUCCUCCUCUUCUUGUUCCUCCUUUUUUUCUUUCUCCUCCUUCUUCUCCUUUUGUUUUUUGCUUUUGCAGGGGGACAGGGGCCUCUCACUGACUUUUCUCUGUUCUGGGGCUGGCUGUAUUGAAGGUUUCCUCAUUGUUCUGGGUUGGUUUGGCCUAAGCCUGCCUGUGAUACUGGGAUUUAGGUAUUUACAAUUAGCCAUCUGUGGUUGCACUGGUGGUCUGCUCUGAUGAUUCAGUGGCCCUCUGGACUAGGACAGAGGCCUGGGCCUCCCCACACUACAGCUGUGCUGAGCUGCAUUCUCCCCUGUCCAAUUUAGAUAGAGCUUUCCUGAAGUCCUCCCAAGAUAUUUUAAGCUAGAAAAGUAUUACUCUCUGAGUGAUUGUGUGUUGUCACUCCAAAAUCCCUUCAGAGGCUUGAUCUAGCAUUGAUUCUGAGAGAAGGUGGGGAGAGCUCAGGUGAUGUCCUGGCUUCUCUCCAACACAUUGACUCCGCCCCCUCAGAACAAGCUGGUUUUCAAAAAGGCAGAGGAAGAUCUUGUCAGUUGGUCCCAUCCUUAGCUGGCAAAUAGAGGGAGAAAUGGAAGCAAUGGCCUGUUCUAGAUGCUUGGGCUCAAAGAGCUCUGCAAACCGAGAAUGAAGCUAUGAAAUUAAAAGAAAUGGCCAUGAAACUGAAAGAUGUUGCUCCUUGGAAGGAAAACUUGACUAGUCUGGACAGCAUACUAAAGCAGAGACAUCCUUUUGCCAACAAACAUCUAUGUAGUCAAUGUAAUAUAUGAUUGUGAGGGUUGGAUUGUAAGAAAGCUAAACACCACUGAAUUGAUGGUUUUGAUUUGUGAGACUGGAGAAGAUUUUUGAGGGUCUCUUGGACAGCAAGUAGGUUGUUCAUUAGAAGAUCAAAUACUGAAGCUGAAGCUUAAAUAUAUUGGCCAUAUAAAGAGAAGAUGGGACUCACUGGAAAAGACCCUAAUGUUGGAAAAGAUCAAAGGCAAAAGGAAAAUGGGAUGACAGAGGAUUAGAGGGAUAGAUAGUAUCAUAGAAACGGCAAACAUGAAGAUGGAUAGACUUGGAGACUGGAGGAUAGAAGAUGUGUUAUGGUCCAUAGGGUCACUGAUUGACCGAACAACCAUCACAACAAGGAGAACUUUAAUUACCCUGGCCUCCACUGGCUGAAAGCCAGAUAUAUUACAAUUCAUACCUUCUCCAGACUUAGUACUUCUUUCUAAUUGACUCUAGAUCCCAUCAAUGGCAUAUCCUUGAAUUCUAGCUUUCCUGCAUUUCAGUUUCAUUUAACUACUUCAUGGAUUAACUUUUACAAAAAAAAAUUUGCUUCAAAAACCUAACAAGACCUCAGUUUCUAGAAAAGAGAAAAUUCAGCUCACUGCUUAGCUCAUUUCCUGAAUAGGAACUUCCAGCUCCCUGGUUUCUCAGGGUCUUCCCCCUGACCUGACUGCAACAUCUGACCUGGAAUCCUGCUUCCAAAAUCUCUAAGGUCCAGGAAUUCCCAGAACGUACCAAGACAAAACCCAAAGCCUGACUCUAUAGGGUAAAAGGAAGAAACCCAAGUGUAGCCUUUCCUCCCUGCCUCUGAUACAUGGGUGAAUUAGACUUUCGCAUCUCUGAGCACUGAGGGGGGAAAAACAUAUCUGAGUCUUGUAUAUCAUAAAAGGUUUUUAUUAUUUUUAAAAUUACCUUUUCUAUUGACUCAUUCAAGGAAAUUUAAUUUGUGAGGAAAAAACAUGUACUAUUUAGCUAAAUUUAACUGAAACUUCCAAUAAUUAACUCAACAUGAUUGAACUGGUUAAGAGUGGGGAAAAAAAGUUUUGUCUCUGGUUUCAGAUGAUGAACUUUUGUGAGACUAAGUUUUGUAUCCGUUCACCAGGUGCCUUUUCCCCCUUAUGUUUGGUAUGUAAAACCCCUUCUCCCCACUUGCUGCUGUACAUUUAAAAGCUAUCUCUGUACGGAAAUCCUAGCUGCAUUUUUCUUCCAGAUGGUGUAACUUUAGCUCUGGAAGGAUUCUGUAUGUUGCUUAGGGAACCCGCGGCUGUGUUUAGAGAACACAAUAAAUCUGGUUUUAAACCGUCUCGGGCUUGAUAAACAGGCUCGGUGGCGGUCCGAAUCCGGGAGUCCUCGCGUGGUUCCGUGCCCGGGGGUUUUACGGCACAGCCGCCGGCAGUCGCGGCAGGGAAAGGCCGGCUGCCUUCUCCCAGAAGCACGGCCCCAGUUCCCUUCCACGGUCCCCGCUGUAACGCGCUGCUCUGCCCUCCCGGGGGCGACCACUUUCCCGUACUGUGCCCCGUUCGCUCUCCGGGGUCCUUCCCCGCUCUCGCCGCCCAGACCGCGCCUGCAGCACAGAAACGCGCUGUCCCUUCUCCUUUGCUUUCCAAUCCCUUGUGCCCUUGAGGCUUAGGAGAAUUCCCUCGAGCAUCCAUCCAUCCCAUCGCGGGGCAGCCUCGCCGCCAAGCACCGGCGGUUAGGGCGGAGCUGAUCGGUCGUGGAACUGGGGGACGGCCGGGAGCCCCAAGCUCCAAGGUCUUCCUUUUCCUCCGGGACCACGUGCGAGAGCCGGGUCAGGAUCCAGAGGGCAGAGCAGAGGGCCGGCCGGGCAUGCGCAGACAUCGAGCUCCAUUGGCGAACUACGUUUCCCAGCUGGCUCUGCAACGUCUAGGAACAGCUGUCACCUCAGCCGGUGGCCAUGGAGACAGGACCGGUUUGUAAAAUGAAGGGGCGCGCGCAACAUCUCUCGGGGAUUGGUGGGGAGGGGGAGGCGGGGCCGGAAAGGGCGAGCCCCGGCGGCCCCGGCGGCCCCUUCCGAACUGUCCGGGCUGCCCUGUUGCUGUCCUGAGCUGGCGCGCUCCUUGGUGCCGGCUUCCUCCUGAGCCCGGCUCCUGCCUGACCAUCGCGGUGAACGCGCUCGACCAGGUCCCGGAUGGGCCUUAGCGCCACGGACAUGGACGAGGAGCGCUGACCGGGGCCGCUCGGAGACCCGCCGUGGCUCCCCGGGACCAGGCCGCCUUCCAGCUUAGCCCAGCCCAGCCCAGCCCAGCGGGCUGUGGGUCCGGAGUGCGAAUCCUCCCUCUGUGAGCCUGGCCUAGUGUUUCGAGCCCUUGGCCCCCGGGACUGGGUUCUCGACUCCAUGCCCGAGCCUUCCGCUCCUGCGGGCCGACCAUGGACCCUCGGCCCUGGGCGGGCACUGCCCUAGGGCCCCGCCUGCAGGUUUCAGUGACGUUUAAGGAUGUCGCUGUGGAAUUCACCCGGACGGAAUGGCAGCACUUGGUCCCUUUUCAGAAGGAGCUGUACCGGGAUGUGAUGCUGGAGACCUACGAGAACCUGGUCUGUCUGGGACUUACAGUUUCCAAGCCAGAGGUGAUCUCCCAGUUGGAGCGAAGGGAAGCACCCUGGACGCCAGGAGGGAUCCCGAGGAGUAGCUGCCCAGAUUGGGAUAACAUUCAUGCGACCAAGUGACAUCUCUCCCCUUUACCCUGGUCUCAGAAGUCACUGGCAGUGGUUCAGGAAUGACCCUGCCGGCCCUUUCUGUCUUUAAGGAUGUUCUGUACCUGAGCACUCAUCGAGGCAGCCGGAGCCUCUCUUAAGAGCUCCGUGAUUGGACAUAAGCAGCUACACCCAAAGAACGAACACUGGGAAACAAAUGUGAACUAUCUGCAUUUUAGUUUUUCUUUCCGGGUUAUUUAUACCUUCUGAAUCCAAUUCUCCCUAUGCAACAAGAGAACUGUUCGGUUCUGCAAACAUAUAUUGUAUCUAGGAUAUACUGCAACAUAUCCAACAUAUAAAGGACUGCUUGCCAUCUAGGGGAGGGGGUGGAGGGAGGGAGGGGGAAAAAAAUCAGAAAAGAAACGAGUGCAAGGAAUAAUGUUGUCAUUAUAAAGUAAUCAUUAAAUUUAAAAAAAAAAAAAAAAAGAGCUCCGUGAUUAAAUAUCCCUUCCUUCUGUUCCCUCUCGUUCAGUCCUUUCCAGCGUCAAGGUCAUGCUAAGCUGUUUGAUCUUUUUCCUGUCCAACUUUGGAAUAGUCUUAGCUCCUUCUGGAUCUCCUUUUCCCUGAGCUAGUUUGAAACAGGCCCCUGGUUGUUACUCUGUAUUUAGCAGCACGCAGGACACCAUUUUGUGUCAGUGUCACAGGUCCAUGAAAAUCAGAGGUAGUCGGACUUCUCUUUACAAACUCUUAAUUGGAGUACUCUCUUCUUCUUGCUGUUUCCACUUUUUCUACCCCAACAGUUUGUUCUGCCUUCUUGGUGGGAAUCAGUUCCAGAGUAGCAUUUCCCUUGAUGGGGGAAGCAUAAAAUUACCAAGAUAAGUCAGGACAUCACUAGCGCCUUCCUUUCAGCGAGAGUGCUGGCAGAAGCCUCAUUACUAGAUCGGGCUUUUGCCAGGCUUAUGUUCAUUUUUAAAAUAUAUAGAAUUUUAAUUUUUAAAUUAUUCCAACUUUGAGAAACAGAAACAAACACAAGUAUUUCAGAAUUCAAAGAAAAAAUGUAAAGCUUGCAUCAAAUACCCCGUAUGUUUCUUGACAAAAUUAGCAA